GCAGUGCGCGAAGAAAAUCCACACAGAAAGCGAACACGAGAGAAGACUGCUGCUGCGACGCAAAGACGCAGUGAAGAAAACUCGUUUUUCGUUACGCCUUUUGUUCGCCCCGGACUGGAGAAGAAAGUUGCGGCCCGAUUCUGUCCUCUGCGUUUGUUUUAAAUUGACGGAAAAUUUAAGGAAAAAUGUCUUCGGAAGUUGCUGUUCCUCCCCCGGUCGUAUGGGCCCAACGAAACGACGUCCUCUAUCUGACCGUAAACGUAGAAUGUCCGGAUCCUACCUUCAAGUUCACAGAGGAUACCAUGUAUUUCAAAGGUGUGGGCCUACCAGACAAGAAAAACCACGAAGUCACCAUCAACUUCUACGGCAAAAUCAACCCGGACAAAGUGGUCAGUAAAAACAUCAAUCGGUGCAUCGAGUUCGUGAUCACCAAAGCCGACACGAAAGCCUCCUACUGGCCCAAACUAACGAACGACAAGAACAAACCCCACUGGCUCAAAGUUGAUUUCAACCGGUGGAAGGACGAGGGGUCGGACGAUGAAAUGAACGAAGGAGACAACCAAAUGUCGCUGGAAGACAUGCUGCGGAUGAAAAACGAUAGCAAACUCUCCUUCGACGAUCUCGAUGAUGACCAGGAAGAUUCGGAUGACGAAGCAAUGCCUGGUUUAACUGAAGAUAAGGACGACAAAGAGGAAGAAGAGAAGAAGUAAUGGAAACUCCUAUAGUAAGCUUCCUUUAUGGCUAUAUUAACAUACAGGAAAGCGCUCGGGACCGUUCGGAAAAAAAUGCCAAGCAGUCAGAAAUAAUCAUUGAAGUGUGUAAUUUUAUUUAAGAUGUAAGAAGGUAUGAACACAAAAUAUUAAAAUUAGACCGUUAAGAAAUGUUCGAGGGCGUUGCGUUCAGCAAUUGAAAUUCGUAGAUGGGAGAGGAUUUUCAAAUAAGUAACUAAGAGAUUACAAGUCUCUAGUAAAACACAAUAGAUUACAAGAACGAAAGAUUCAUUUCGAACCUUACAUUUAAUCGUUCUCUCAUUUGCAUUGGUUUAGUUUUCUGUUUUAAUCUAAAUAAGAAAAUAAACAUACAUACAUUACAAA